UGUUGACAUAAUUGAUGACGAAGUGAAAAUGCUGCGUAUAAAUAACGCUUGUUUAGAGUUACUUGUAAACGAAGAGUGUCCGAGUUCACUAAAGGAAUUCCAGUUAAGGUAUACAACAUUCCAUCUAAAAUGAAGCUGAUAUUCGUUCUUCUCGCGGUUUGCAUUUCUGCCACCAUGGCAGAUGAGGGCACAGAAGGUGAUAGAGCAUGCGCAUGUCAAAUGAUUCACAAACCGGUAUGUGGUGCUGAUGGCGAGACCUAUGGCAACGACUGUAUGAGGAAGUGCAAUAAUGUCCGACUGCUCCACAAUGGCAAGUGUGAGAAAGAUCUGUGUGUCUGUACGAUGGACUACAAGCCUGUGUGUGGCGAUGACGGGGAAACGUACAUCAACGACUGUGACAGAGAGUGCAAGGGAGUGGUCCUUGUACAUGAUGGCGCCUGUGAACAUUAGGAUGAUCGAUGAGGCAAAGCCGCUAUCAUAUUUGUCCAUCAUAAUUUCAGCUCUUCAAAAUGUUUUAAGUAUUGUGCUCUAUAAAUUAUCAUUUCAAUUAUGUAAUUUAACAAACAAAUGAAAUAUCAUUAUUAAAGUUUAGAAUUAUACAUUGAUUGAAA